CUCCUUUCACCUCUUUCUACUUAUGCCCUUCACUAAGAUGGGGAGGGAAGGGAAAGAAUGAUGUCAUCGCAUGACUGUGUUUUUAUGAAUGAAAAGAAUCCUGUGAGUGAGUAAUUCCAGGAAACUCAGAUUACAACUCAGCAGCUCACCGCGCAGAGCUCAGCUCAGCCCUUCUCCUCGGGGAAAAACAACAACCUUCCUUGCAGAAGCAAAGAAGGCGAUCCGAAAGCAGAAUAAACCAGAGGCAAGAGGAGGGGGGUUCCGAAGGCGGCAGGAAGGCAGGCGCAGGGCAGCAAACAAAGGCGGAUUUCUGCGAACACACACCACACCAUGAUACUGCUCUUAUUGUUGCUCUGAAGACCAGCUAUUGGUGUUUGUUUACCAUCACAUGAAUAAGGCAGGAAAGAGCAGGAGCAAGAAAGAGAACCAAAAGACUAGACCUUGAUCUUCACAGCAUUGGAAGGAUGCUCUUCUAAUCAAAGGGGCCUUCCUGGGGGAAGAGCGGAGUGCCAGGGAAAAUGUCAGCUGACAGCUUGUCAAGCAAAGCCCUAAAGAUCAAGCGGGAGAUGGGUGAGAACACGCCACACCUAUCAGAUGAGGAGUUAAUGGGGUUGUCAGUGCGGGAACUCAACCACCAUCUGCGAGGCCUCUCCAAGGAGGAGGUGGCGCGGUUGAAACAACGCCGGCGCACACUGAAGAACCGUGGCUAUGCAGCCAGCUGCCGGGUCAAACGUGUUUGUCAAAAGGAAGAGCUGCAGAAGCAGAAGACAGAGUUGGAAAGGGAGGUGGAUAAGCUGGCUCGUGAGAAUGCUGCCAUGCGUCUUGAGCUCGACGCCCUGCGUAGCAAGUAUGAGGCGCUCCAAGGCUUUGCCCGUACAGUCACCGCUCAUGGUACUACUGCCAAGGUGGCCACAGCCAGCGUCAUUACCAUCGUCAAAUCUGGCUCCAACCAGGCAUCAUACUCCUAGUGCCUAGAGUUGUGAACUGAGUCCUGUUGCCAUUCCUCUGCCCAGCUCUCACCUAGAACGGCUGUAGCUGCACUGGCCCUUUCUCCUCCUCCUACUAUUCUUCCACCAUCUUAAGGAGACAGGAUAGACUUGAAGACAAAAAUGGCUGAACAUUGAACUUCCUUCUCUGUCACCGUCUUCAUUGGGUGAGGGUGGGAAGGCUGUGUCUGACUCAUUAUACUUUGCUGUAAAUGUCAUCCCUGAAUUGGAAUGCAGUGGCCAGUGAUCCCUUUUCCCUUCCUUAUGCGCUAAGUUGGUCUUUCCCCUCUAAGUUAGUGUAAUGAGUUGGAGAUGCUUUUCUGUGCUAGCCAGGAAUACAGCUACAGAGACUCUUCGGUUGUGUAGGAAGCAAAAAGAUUCCGAAGCUGAGGCUAUGUUGAAGCUAAGGAGAACGGAGAGGAAGGGUAGGACAUAGUAAAAGUCUAUGUUGCUAGUAAGAACCAAGGAUGCUGAAGUAAUCUAGGAAAUCACAAGAAGCAGUUACCUUCCAGAUCUCUUGACAGUACAGGUUGCCCUUGGCCUUUCUGUAGGAAUUGGCAUUCAUCCCAAUUUUAUGCUGUAAAUGAGCAGUCCUAAGAUGUGAAACCCCAUGUAAUGAGAGCAUUACAAGAACAACCCCAGUGAGAGUUUUUUAGUGAGCAAGCAAUACAGAAAAAAGGACUUUAGUUGAAGCAAGGAAAAGAAGGAAAAUUAUUGUUGGGUGAUAAUGAGAGCAAUGAGAGGGAAGAGAUCGCAAGGACCUCGUCGAAGCAAAGUUGCUGGCAUCCCAUCCUGAAAUGAUACUGUCUCCAGUUGUGAAUGCAUGUAAACAUUGGUUCAUGUAUGCUUUAUAUUUAACAGUGCUGUUGGGUUGAGGAUGCAAACUGUCUGUCAUGGAAUAGAAGCAACUUCAUGUAUGGCGAUGGUAAGGUGAGGAAGUAAAGAUGGGGUUGAGAUGAGCAGGACAGAGAAGGAUGAAGCAUGUGAAAUGGUUGGGUAGGUAAGUGGCAGUCGGAAGCCUUUUUGUGCUGGCGCAAGCAAUUAAUUUUGCCUGACUUGGCAGCUUGUGUGCUGGGCAGAGUGUAAUGGGUGUCAUAACUGGGGAACAAACGAGGGGUUUAAUUCAUCCAUUCCCUAAGAAAGCCUGCUGGGCCGGUAUCUUACUAUGUAUCAACUUAUUUUGGAGAGAAUUAUCUAUAUUUUCUUUCCCUCAUUUAAUUUUUCACUGGUUGGGAACAUAAGAAAUCAAGAAAGAAUGCCUUGCUGAUAUUGGGAAGAUAAUACACGCAGUGUUCUAGCAGAUUUUAACUGCAGUACAGAAUAAAUGUCUAUUCCUUGCUCUUUGUUUUCACUGAGGGCAGCAAGCUAGUUUGCGGCCAGCUCUUACACCAACCAAAACUGAAGGCUCUUAAAAGAGGGGGAAGGUCACUUUCUUGCCCCAAAGACAAUAAAGCCCAGCCAGAAAAACGGAUGGAGAGUGUGUGUUAUGCAUGGGCAGAGCUGACACUGCUGCUGAAACGUCUUGUGUUUUGUCCCACUGUAUUUUUCUCUUCAUCUGUUGGAUCCUGCUGCAUUACUAAAGCAAAAGAAUUGAGGAAAGUCCUUGCUGAAUACUCAGAAUCUGAGUGUGGGUUUUUCCCCAUCUUCUCAAGAAGAUAUAGGGGAAAAUGUAUUGUCAAAGGCUUUCACAGCCAGAAUCACUUGGCUGUUGAUUCUGUGACAUGCCUCUUAAUCUUUGCCAUGACAUAGCUCUGAAAAUGCUAGCCAUAGAUGCAGGCAAAACAUUAGGAGCAAAAACUACCAGACCAUGGCCACAUAGCCUGGAAAACCCACAACAGCCACAUAUAGGGAAACUUGCUUGGAUUUCCAAGAACACUGUUGUUGUUCUGCUACGAAAGAGUAGCAGGGUACAGGCCUAAUUUAGGUUCAGCUUAAAUGGGAUACUGGGUGUGGGUUUAUUUCUUGAAACCAUUCAAGGUUCUAUGGGGCUGCUGUUGCUCUUAACAAACAGGUUGCCUCUCACAUUAUGGGGCUGCAGUCUGGUUUAAACAUGUCACCAAUGUAUAGGGCUACACUGGCUACGCAGCCAUAGCCCCUCUGCUAUCAUGUUUAAAUUGACCUGAGGACAUUGACUCAAACAGGGAGCAAAGCUGUGGAUGGAACCGAGUCUGUACCCAGGAGAGGCUGCCAGGUCAACCUUUCUGAUUUUUUAAAAAGUAGGCAAGCUAAGAAGGCAGGGAUGGCUUGAAUGCAAGUGCUCCUUCCUAAAUAACAGAAAGGGCAUUAGAUAGAGGACUCAUAAAGGCACCUUCCACUCUUAGCAUAUAAAUAUAACAUAGGCACCUGUGAGUGUUUGUGGACAGUCACUUCUAAGCAUUGUACCAUUGUGGCUUAUUUAAAUAGCAAACAGUUACCCUUUUAAUUCUUUAGACAUAUGGGUGGGUUCACCCAUCCUGCAGCUUACGACGACCUACACCCCCAUGAAGGAAUCAACUUCCAAGCCAGUGUUGUGCAUCAUCCCCCUACUUUGAUGAUCCUUAUUUGGGGGGGGGGUGUUCCUUGUUUAGCAUUUCUUCCCUUCCUCAUUUCCCACCCUGUGAUUUAUUUAUUGCACGAAUAUAAGUUAUUUUCACGUCCUUUAUGCCAUUCCACCUUGUGGCACGGCCAGGAUGUUGGUACAGAGCCGUACUUUAUGUUUUAUAUAUACAAAUCACAUUUUAUCUUCUAUAGAGCAAGAAAAAAAGUACUUAUUUAUUUUCUGACUUACAGUAAGUGUCCUGCCAGACUCCUCUGUAUUUUGUAGACUUUACAAAUAAAGCCAUUUUUUUUUCAAAACAGAAAA